AUGGUGUCACAUUUUGUGUUCCUUUUUUCUCUUUUCGAUUAUUUUAUUUUUUUAAUUUUUCUGGCAACCAAACAUUCCCUGGAAGGAGAAAAAAAGAGGAAACAAUUGUAACGAGAUAAUACUCAUAGAACCCGGACAGUGAUUGGGCUACAUGGUUUCUUUUUAAUUUUGGUGCCAAGUUUGAUCAAUGGUUUUCAUAGUUUCAAAAUUAAAAUCGAAUCUUUUGGUGAAGACACACGAGAACCAUCGAUUGUGGAGAAUUGAAAACCAAGCUAUAACUGUUUCCGGGGUGAGACUGAUCCUCCACUUUCAAUGGUUUGCAUGAGAAGUAUAGGAAGGAGAGCUGGAAGUCAUUGUUGAUGUCCUUAAUGGGUGAUCCAGCUGAUGAAAAUCUUGAAACUAAAGAGAUGGAUGCAAGAAGUUUGUCAUUUUCACAUGGUCAGGAACCAUAUGUCCACAAGGUUGGAAUUCCUCCAAGACAAAACCUUUUCAAGGAAUUCCAAUCCACUGUAAAAGAAACACUUUUCGCGGAUGAUCCUCUGCGGUCCUUCAAGGAUCAAUCUAAGUCCCGGAAGCUUGUCCUUGGAAUUGAAGCCAUUUUCCCCAUAAUUGGCUGGGGGAGAACUUAUAAUCUCACAAAACUUAGAGGGGAUCUUAUUGCUGGUCUAACUAUCGCUAGUCUCUGCAUUCCUCAGGACAUUGGAUAUGCAAAGCUUGCAAAUUUAGAUCCACAGUAUGGAUUGUACUCCAGCUUUAUUCCACCACUGAUUUAUGCUGUCAUGGGUAGUUCUCGUGACAUUGCAAUAGGACCGGUGGCAGUGGUUUCUCUCUUGCUGGGGACUUUACUUCAGAGUGAGAUUGAUCCCAUUGCAAAUCCAGUAGACUAUCGACGACUUGCUUUUACUGCCACUUUCUUUGCGGGGAUUACUCAAGCAACACUUGGGAUUUUAAGGUUAGGAUUUUUGAUAGAUUUCCUUUCUCAUGCUGCAAUUGUUGGUUUUAUGGGGGGAGCUGCCAUCACAAUUACCCUUCAACAGCUCAAGGGCUUCCUUGGGAUUGAAAAGUUCACAAAGAAAACUGAUGUUAUCUCUGUGAUUCAUUCAGUGCUGUCAUCAGCCCAUCAUGGAUGGAAUUGGCAAACUAUAGUAAUUGGAGCUUCCUUUCUGGCUUUUCUUCUGUAUGCUAAGUAUAUUGGAAAGAAGAACCCGAAAUUCUUUUGGGUGCCAGCAAUUGCCCCAUUGAUAUCUGUUAUUCUCUCUACCCUUUUUGUAUUCUUAAUCCGUGCAGACAAGCAUGGUGUUGCAAUUGUAAAACAUAUAGACAAAGGGCUCAAUCCUUCAUCUGUCAAGGAAAUUUAUUUUACUGGUGAUUACCUUGGGAAAGGUUUCAGAAUUGGCAUCGUGGCUGGCAUGAUAGCAUUGACUGAAGCCACAGCAAUUGGAAGAACAUUUGCUUCUAUGAAGGAUUAUCAACUGGAUGGAAACAAAGAAAUGGUGGCAUUAGGAGCUAUGAAUGUUGUUGGUUCAAUGACUUCUUGUUAUGUAGCAACCGGUUCUUUCUCUCGCUCAGCAGUAAAUUUCAUGUCUGGCUGUGAAACUGCAGUAUCUAAUAUUGUCAUGUCUGUUGUGGUGUUCUUAACCUUACAAUUCCUCACACCUCUUUUCAAAUACACUCCAAAUGUCAUUCUUGCUACAAUAAUCAUUUCUGCUGUCAUCAACCUUGUGGAUUAUAAGGCAGCAAUUUUGAUAUGGAAGAUUGAUAAAUUUGACUUUGUUGCUUGCAUGGGAGCAUUUUUUGGGGUUGUUUUUGCCUCGGUUGAGAUAGGACUUUUAAUUGCAGUCUCUAUAUCCUUUGCAAAGAUCCUAUUACAAGUCACAAGGCCACGAACUGCAAUUCUGGGGAAGAUCCCUAGGACUACUGUCUACAGAAACAUCCAACAAUACCCUGAAGCCACAAGGGUUCCUGGUGUACUGAUUAUUAGAGUUGAUUCUGCAAUAUAUUUUUCCAACUCCAACUAUGUUAAAGAAAGGAUAUUAAGAUGGCUGAUGGAUGAGGAAGAACUAGUGAAAGGAGAUUACCAAACAAGAAUUCAAUUUUUGAUGGUGGAGAUGUCGCCCGUUACCGACAUCGAUACCAGUGGCAUCCAUGCCCUCGAAGAGUUAUUUAGAAGUCUUCAGAAGAGAGAUGUUCAGCUUGUUCUGGCAAACCCUGGCCCAAUAGUAAUAGACAAGCUCCACACAUCAAACUUUGCUACUUUGCUUGGUGAGGACAAGAUCUUCCUCACUGUUGCAGAGGCUGUUGCAUACUGUUCAACAAAGCUGGCUGAAGAACCUUGAAAAAAAAUUUGGAAAAUGUGAUUUUGCCAUAGUGGACAUGGAAAUGAGGUGAAGUAAUGAAGUUGGGGGGUGGUAGAGACCAACCUGUGGCUUUCAGCUGUGUUACCUUUGUCAAGAGAGCAUGGUCACUACAAAAAGUUGUUACUAGUGGCCUUUAAUUUGUGCUAGUUAGUGCUUUUGGGGUCCCUAUUCUAUAAGUGAAAAUAAAAAGUUACAUGUAAAGGUGCGCUUGUUGUGCACUCCAAUGAGCAUUAACUCAGGCCUUGGUUUGUUUUCACUGGAAUGUCCACAUUAUCAAAACCCAAGUGUCUCUCAAUAUGAAAUUUCUCUUCUUGUUUUGUAUUAUAAGCUCCAGUUCCUACCUUGGAAAUGGUCUGUUUUUUCCACUUUAUAUGUACUGAAUGACAAUUGUAGAUUCACAAAGGAAAGUUUUCAUUCCA